UAGUAAACAUAACAUUUUUUGUUGGUAGAAUAGUAAUUUAUUCAAUAUUAGCUCCUGUUGAAGUUGCAAGUACUCAGGAAAAAGAAGAAAUGUUGUCAACAGUCUCCAAAUGAGUAUAAAGAGAUUUAAGAACUUAAAAAUUGUGAAAUAUUGAUUUGAGUGAGAAAUAAAGCAUAAAAGGUUUAAUGCUUUCGUUAAAUAGACUUAAUAUAACACAAUAAAACUGAUCUGAGUUUUAAGGCAACUAAAAUUUAGGGAAGUAUUAUAAAAAUAAGCUUUGAAAAGUUAUAAAUUAUUCAAACAUGGAGUGUGAGAAUAAAAAUUCUUCAAGAGAAAAGGUGGACACAGGUGAAACAGAAAAAAGUCCUAAAAAGAGUGUAACUCUUGUGGAUGAAAAAAUUCCUAAAGAUCCAUUCGAUACAAAUUAUAACUACGCGAAAAACAACAGUGAUCCGAUAAAACUUUGUAAAGGAAACAUGAAUGAAAAACAGAUGAGUUGGAUUGAUGGCAUUUUCGGCUGUAUGAAGCCUGUUUUAUCGCUGAUCGGAAAAGGAAGUCUAAACGACGUCAGAAUGAGAAACGAAGACGAUUGGAUAAUUCCAUUUGAGUUGAUAUCUGAUAUUGAAUGGUUAGGAUCGGGUGCUCAAGGAGCAGUAUUUUCUGGAAAACUCUACAAUGAAAUAGUAGCCGUUAAGAAAGUUAAAGAUGUUCGUGAAACGGAUAUAAGACAUUUAAGGAAAUUGAAUCAUGAGAAUAUAGUGAAGUUUAGGGGAAUCUGCACACAAGCUCCAGUAUUCUGUAUACUUAUGGAAUUCUGUGCUUACGGUCCAUUACAUCAGAUUCUUAAAGAAGGUGCAUCAGUAAUUACAAUUUCACGAGUUGUUUCAUGGUCAAAGCAAGUCGCAUUAGGCAUGAGUUAUCUUCAUUCACAUAAAAUCAUCCACAGAGACUUAAAAUCGCCAAACAUUCUGAUUGGACAACAUGAAAUCAUAAAAAUUUCAGACUUUGGAACGUCACGAGAGUUUAACGACAUCAGCACGAAAAUGAGUUUUGCUGGAACAGUUGCUUGGAUGGCGCCCGAAGUUAUAAGAAACGAGCCUUGUUCAGAGAAAGUUGAUGUUUGGAGUUUUGGAGUUGUUCUCUGGGAACUUUUGACCUGUGAAAUCCCAUACAAGGAUUUUGAUUCUUCAGCAAUAAUUUGGGGAGUUGGAAAUCAUUCCCUCCAGCUUCCAAUACCUGAUACCUGUCCUGAUGGUUACAAACUAUUAAUUAAACAAUGUUGGAGUGCAAAACCAAAAAAUCGUCCAUCCUUUAGAAUUAUUUUAGCUCAUUUGGAAAUAGCAGGAGCUGAGUUGAUGAAUUGUCAAGAAAGUUAUUGUGAGCAACAAAAGACAUGGCAAAUGGAGAUUCAAGAGAAGCUUCAGAGCAGCAUUAAUAACAGUACAAAGAUUCAUGAACAUGAACAGGAUUUAAUUCGUAAACGACAAGAAGAAUGGAAGCAUGCAAAAGACGUCCGAUUAAUUUAUGAGAGAAAACUGGAACGAACUAAUCAUCUUUACAUGGAGCUGAGUGCUUGUUUUGCUCAACUUGAGGAAAGGGAGAGAGAAAUAGCGGAACGAGAAAAACAAAUAGGAACAAGCAAACCAUACAGAAAAGCAAUUUCUCAGCUGCGUAAACAACAUUUUGAUAAAAUAAGCCGAAGACGACUCUACUUGGCUAAUCAAAUAACCCAAGCAAACUCCAUGAAUUCGCCAAGUCCACCAAGUAGUCCGUUAAAGACAUCGAUGUACGUUCAAUUAGAUGGCAACCAGACGAAAACUGUCACUUCGCAAUCAAAUGGAAAAUACAGCAACAAAAAAACUCGACAUCGACGUGUCGGAAGCGGCUCGUCAAUGAGUGUGAAGAAUAACGUCAAUCGUGAACGCAAACAUGAAACUGAAACAAGAAAUAAUUUUGUUGACACACAAACUCAAACUGAUGUGAAAGAUGUAGAGAAUAAUAACGACGUCGUUGACACUAUAUUAACAACUUCAUGCUUAGCAAAAUCUGAAUCGAUGAAAAAGAAAAAAAUGGAAUCGAGUUUGGAAAGCGAUAUUGACGACAAUGUACCUCAAGAAGACACAACAUCUUCAUCUCAGACAAAUAAUCCGAUAAUGGCUAUCUCGAUAGCGACUUCAAUGGCCACAUCCAUAAUGACUGGAAGUAACUUAAGUUAUGACAACGACACAGAAGACUUGAGCGAGAAACAUCGUGCAGCAAGUGAUGAUGACAAUUUAGAGACGCUAAGAAAGAAGGUCAAUGAACUCAUACUGGAGACUGCAAGCACUACUGAGAGUUACAGUUACAGUACAAACUCAUCAAUCACCACAAUCAUCAAUAAAAACUCGGCAAGCAACACUGAUAAUAACAACUCUGAUCAUAAAAUCGUAAGUACAAUGGUGAAUUCAGUUGAUGAUGAUUUGAACUCGGGCAGUGAUGGAGAUUUUGAUGGACCGAAAAACUUUAAUUACUCAUUGCGUAUGAAAAGUGCUACAAGAAUGCCGGUUCGCUCAAAAAGAAUAAUAGCGAGAAGAUCAUCAUCCGAAGAAUCAAAUGAUUCGAUACCAAGAAGUGGCAAAUUUGGUCGAAUGAAUCCAUCAAUGAAAGUGGUUCCAAUCAGAAGUAGAAUGAUAGAGAUUAAUGGAAUGAAGAAUGAUGAUGAUAAGAGGAAUAAUAAUUGAUUGGAAUGAUAAAUUUAAACUAGGUGUAUUAGUUGAUUAGCUUUAAUUUUCGUCAUACAUCAAAUGGUUGAAAAAAAAAUUGGUCAAGCAGACUUAAACUCCUUUACCUAAUCUAAUCUAAAGUUUAAUCUAAGUUAGUCCAUUAUCUUUACGCAAGUAGCAUUCCAUAGAAAGAAGUGAUGCUUAUACGAAACAUUCCUGGUUAUUAGAAAAGAUACUCUCCAUGCAAUUACAUUUUCUAGUAUUAAAUUAAAGUGUCAGGAUAUGCAUCAGCAUUAAUUAAAUAUUUCAUCGAUGCAAAUGGUCAAGAUCCUUAAGAUAAAGAACGCUCGUUGUUUAAUUAGCAUAUUGAACGAUAAGCCACUGUAGUUUUAAAAUUAAAUGAUAUUAAUAAAUUUAUUAGUUUAAGUUAA